CUUAAUUACGCUUUUUACUAAAAGAAGAGUGCCACUUUACAAACGUGCCUUUUCUACCUCCAGUUGGGAGGAAACGUUUAACAUGGAGGGCUCUUUUGGUGUGAGAAAAGGUGCAUGGACUGAGGAGGAAGAUAUUCUACUUAAGCAGUGCAUUCAGAAGUACGGUGAAGGAAAAUGGCACCUGGUUCCUGUCAGUGCAGGCUUAAAUAGAUGUAGGAAAAGCUGCAGACUGAGGUGGUUGAACUACCUGAAGCCAAAUAUCAAGAGAGGAAACUUCGCCGCAGACGAAGUUGAUCUUAUGCUCAGGCUCCAUAAGCUGCUAGAUGGUCACUUAUUGCAGGUAGACUUCCGGGAAGAACAGCUAAUGAUGUGAAAAACUAUUGGAAUACACACCUCCUCAAAAAGGGAAGUUCACACAUCACCAAGCUGAAAGAAAAGCCCCAAGAUAUGGUG